AACGUACUUCCGGCGGUCUGGUGUGUAUAAAUAGCCCCACCUAACGUUUCUUCACCAGUUGCCUCUUGCCAAAGACCGAUAAACGUCUUUACGUGGGAGCGAGCUGCUUCAGUUUCCUCUUCCUCUUUCAAACGUUGAACACUUAAAACUCCUAGAGUCAUGCGUGAGUGUAUCUCGGUGCACGUUGGCCAGGCCGGUGUCCAGAUUGGCAAUGCCUGCUGGGAACUCUACUGCUUGGAGCACGGAUCCAGCCUGACGGACAGAUGCCUAGUGACAAAACCAUCGGUGGAGGAGACGAUUCCUUCAACACCUUCUUCAGUGAGACUGGGGCAGGGAAGCACGUCCCCAGGGCGGUCUUUGUGGACCUGGAACCCACAGUCAUCGAUGAGGUGCGUACUGGAACCUACCGCCAGCUGUUCCAUCCUGAGCAGCUGAUCACCGGUAAGGAGGACGCUGCCAACAACUACGCUCGAGGACACUACACCAUCGGCAAAGAGAUCAUCGACCUGGUCCUGGAACGGAUCCGAAAGCUGGCCGACCAGUGCACUGGCCUUCAGGGCUUCCUGGUGUUCCACAGCUUUGGGGGAGGCACAGGCUCUGGGUUCACCUCCCUGCUGAUGGAGCGUCUCUCUGUGGACUAUGGCAAGAAGUCCAAGUUGGAGUUCUCUAUCUAUCCAGCCCCUCAGGUGUCGACUGCCGUGGUGGAGCCCUACAACGCCAUCCUGACCACCCACACCACUCUAGAGCAUUCCGACUGCGCCUUCAUGGUGGACAACGAGGCCAUCUACGACAUCUGUCGCAGAAACCUGGACAUUGAGCGUCCCACCUACACCAACCUGAACAGGCUGAUCAGCCAGAUUGUGUCCUCCAUCACUGCGUCUCUUCGUUUUGACGGGGCCUUGAAUGUUGACCUGACGGAGUUCCAGACCAACCUGGUGCCGUACCCUCGGAUCCACUUCCCUCUGGCCACCUAUGCCCCGGUCAUCUCUGCUGAGAAGGCGUACCACGAGCAGCUGACCGUAUCUGAGAUCACCAACGCCUGCUUCGAGCCAGCCAACCAAAUGGUGAAAUGUGACCCUCGCCACGGCAAGUACAUGGCCUGCUGCCUGCUGUACCGCGGCGACGUUGUGCCCAAAGAUGUAAACGCCGCCAUCGCCGCCAUCAAAACCAAACGCAGCAUCCAGUUUGUGGACUGGUGUCCCACUGGCUUCAAGGUGGGCAUCAAUUACCAGCCGCCCACCGUGGUUCCUGGUGGAGACCUGGCCAAGGUCCAGAGGGCUGUGUGCAUGCUGAGCAACACCACCGCCAUCGCAGAGGCCUGGGCUCGGCUGGACCACAAGUUCGAUCUGAUGUACGCCAAGCGAGCCUUUGUCCACUGGUACGUGGGUGAGGGAAUGGAGGAGGGGGAGUUCUCCGAGGCCAGGGAGGACAUGGCCGCCCUGGAGAAGGAUUAUGAGGAGGUGGGAACCGACAGCUUGGGAGAGGAAGAUGAGGGAGAAGAAUAUUAAAGGUGAUGUUUGUGUGAUUUCAGUCAUGUUGACAGACUCGAGCACACAUUGGUGUGUUAGAAUAAUUUAACCCAGUGGUGGUGAUGCUGAAACAAUAAAGUUACUGAAGAUGA